AUGCUUGGGGGAUUUUCUACGAGUAAUCCCAUGGCAUCCUUUGCCUGUCCUUCCUCACCACUGCCACCACAGACACCAACGGAAUGGAAGGCCGGCUUGAUGGAGGUCAAGCGGCUCUAUCUCCAACGGCAGUACAAACAAUGUGCAGCCCGCGCUACCGAGCUCCUCGAAGCCACCAAGGAAGCAGCUGUUCAUCCGAUCUACACGGCCUACCUGGCGUUCCAUGCGGCAAUCUCCUUCGAAUUCCUUGGCCAAGCAGCCCAUCUUUACUCAAAUAGCAAGGUCACCUAUCUUCAUGCUGCUCUGGACUCAUUCCUGGAUUGUCUCUCCGCUCUUCCAGAAUCAAUUCCACUACCAAAGCUCCCGACGCUCUACCCAACCCCUCCUCCGAGUCCUGUAUCCAUAUCGCAGUCGCAGACACCUCAAACACCCAGCGCCCUCUUGACGAUUUUCAACGAAGGCGAGGACGAUUCGCCUUCACCACCAGUCAUUCUUGGCACCCUGGCACGCAUGAUUAAUGUCUCCCUUGACAUACAUGAUGACGAUGACCCGUUCGUCUCCGACUCGGACAGUGAGCACCAAAGCUCAUUCGUGGACGCUUGCAUAGCUUCGGCUGAGCGUCGCAAAGCGCCACUGAAGAACAAUGCGCUCUUCCACGUGCGUGUACCUGAGCCCAAUGAUGCAAAAAAGUUUGAAGAGUCAAUCCAAAUGGGUUCCUUGGUGCCGUCACCGCUUCGCGUUCGAAAGCCGUCCAGGGACUCACCUCUGCGGGUUAAAAGAUAUCCCAGCAUGUUCGACACCCCUACAAAGUCCAGAAGAUCGAGCCUUGCGCCUCGCCCAUUGAAGCCGAUCCCAGCAGGUCGUUUGAACGUUGGGAAUAUCAAGUUGAGUGCUGUCCAGGUAGCCGAGAGUUUGGCUGUCCGUUCAAGCCCGAGUCGCAUCCCUAGGACCCCUACAAAGAAGGAAUCUCCUACAGAAAGCGAGCACACGGGCAAUCAACACAAGUGCAAAGGCAAGGCUGCUAAGAGCGAGGACAUCACGCCAGCUCAUAUGGCCCAAAUGGUCAAGUUCAAUCGUGGAAUCGAAUUCCUGCGUUCCCAGGUGAAGGCCAAUAUCUCCGACAUCCAAAAGCACGUGGAGAAGGUCAGCGAGAUCCAGAGGUCUCGCCGCGCCCGAAAGGUUCGACGCGUGGCAUCCUUCUGGAGCUUUUCGCCCGUUACUUCCUCAGACGAGGCUAAAAACGAGCCGGAGCCGGGUCUGGCCACUGACGAGUUCGGAAAUGUCUGGACCAAAGAGACUAAGGAGCAGCGCAUCGCCCGGCUUCGUAGAGAUGGCUGGACUACCGUGGGAUUGCGGUCUCCCCGUAGUACCUGGAAGGGGGCCCUGUACUACCAGACCUUCUGCAACAUGGUCCUGAAUGAGCUGUGUGUGGAUAAGUGA